UCUAGUGCAAUGUUACACUAAAAGUGAACAUUAGAAGUUGUGCAUUAUUUAAAGGACUUCAAUUUUAUCGUAUUUAAUAAGCAGUUUAAAAUUUAAUUUUUAACUUGGUUUUAAAAAUGAUUUUCAGUAAAAAUUUUGUACAUAGAACUUGUGGAGAAAUUAUACACCCGUGGAAUCAAAACUGUUUUCAAGCUUACAUGAUGAUGAUACGGUCGGCGACGGUUGGUUGUAGUAAACUAAUCUUUCCUAUUAUGCUGGGACAUUACAUUGUAAAAAUUAAAAAAUCAAGAUUUGAAAAAAAACAUAUCAAGAAUUUUAUUAUUGACUUAUUAAAAAUGAUAACAUUUGGAGUAUCGGCUUGUGUUUUAUUUGUAGCAUUUAACUGUUUAAUCAGAAAUCUAGUUGGAAAAUUUACGCUUUUUACGGUAUGUUUCAUUCCAGGAUUUUUAGCUGGCCUUUCUUCUCUAGUACUUACAAACGAAUAUCAAAACAGUGUAACAAUUAUAUUCUGUAACGCGAGCUUAGAGUCGUGUAUUUUAAAAAUUCGAGAUUCAGGAAUAUUCUUCAAGAAUUUGAAAUCGGAAACCAUAUUUUUUAUGAUAACAAAUGCAUUUUUAAUGUAUUUCUCUCAAAAAUCAAAAAUUGAGAAUUUCAGUUGGUUUUAUCGACCAAAAAAUAAUGCUAAUAAAAAGAACAGUGAACAUGAUAUCAGAAAAAAAUUAUUUUCCAAUGAAUUAAACAAUAAAGUGAAACAAUAUUUCAUUUUUGGAUUUGCAAUGGGUAUUUUGCGUACUAUAGUUGGAGACAUAACUAUUUUAUCACAUAAACGUAUUCAUAGGCUUUUUAAAAUGAGAAUACUAAAAUCUGGAGUUUUUACAGCAUCGUACGUGGCUAUAUAUGAGUUAGUAUUUAACUUCCUUUGUCAAAAAUAUCGAAAUACUUCAACAAAUUUUGCAUUAUUAGCCGGAUUUUUAGCAGGAAUACCUUAUGCCAUUGAUCCAAUUUUGCAAAUAAAUGUAUCUGCUUUUAUCAAUCUUAUACAGAUUUUAUACAACAUGAUUCACAUUGAUGUAUUAAAAAAAAAAAAACCAAUAAGAGUUAUUAUAUUCUGCCUAUCUUUGGGUGUAUUAUGUCAUUUCCGGUUUGUUUUGGACAAACAAUUUUCGAAAAUAGGGAAAAAAGUCAUAAAAACUGCAACAAACGGAUUAUCUGAAGUUAUUUUGGAUUCAUUUUAUAAAUUUAACUUAAUGUGAAAAGUUCUAAAAAAUUUUUUUUAUUAAAAUUAAAUUAAUAUUCAUAGGUAUUCAAGGUAAAAUUUUUGUAAUAUUAUUUUAUAUACAAAAGACAGUUAUUGUAUUGUACAUAACCUAAUAACAAAAAUUUUCGUUACCGUGGCAUAUAUUUUAACGGAAUAUUAAUUAAUUAAUUAUUUUUUAUUAAAAAUUUUAUUCUAGAUAUUACGUCUUAAUUAAUUGAAACUUUUUUAUACGUCGACAAAUUACAGCCUACUUUUUU